AUGUAUGACCACAGAUGCCCCUGGACAAAGGCAUCAAACCUCCUUACUCAGGCAGUGGUGAGCACCUACAUCACAAGGUACCGAAACCGAACCAGGUUCACUGGAGGAGCGGCCACUGCUCUUAACCACGGAACUGUCCUUCCAGCCUACUUUUGUAGACUUCCAAGGGCGGCUUCAACGGAACAAAUAAACUCCUUCCUCAGUGUUCGUAAGGCUGCUGUGGUUUCCCUGAGGAGAAACAACCAGAUCACAGAUGAGUGGUGGCAAAUGGAUAGCAAGUUCUUGGAGUUUAGCCCUGAAGCUUCGGGGCAGUGUGGAGGACACUGCCCCCCCUCCCCUCCACACGGAGAUCAAGAAGCCAUGGAGUUUCUUAGAAGUGGAAGCACCUGGUCCUGCCACACUUGUGCCUUGCUCUCGGUGCAUUUGUUCAUGCGGGAUUGCUCAGAGCCUGAGCUCCCGUUUAACUUUUCAUUUCUACUGAAGGAACAUUUCAUUCAGUCUGUGGUAAGAUACCAGGUCCCGCCUUACCCCACCAUAACCCAGUCUCCAUUUCCAGCUUACAGAGGCUGCAGGAAGAAACCGAAGGAGGACAAGGUACUGAUUUCCCUUCUGCACAGACUGCCCAGCCUCCUGGCCCCAUGUUUCCUGGCUGCAAUGAUAUCUCCUGUCUCCCACAGCAUACUACAGAGGCUUGUCAAUACCAUCAGCUUUUGCAGGCUCUUAAGACAAAAUGCUUCAGGUGAAGAGUCCAACCCAGAAGCUGCCAAAGCCCACCUGCCACCUGGGCAGCCCACAGAGGAGUCUGUGGCCACCAAGCCCCUAGUGGCUUCCUCGGCUCCACUCCAGGAACACCUGAUGCCCCAAAAUUCUAAAAUCUUGUCACCUGUCCUGCUGGAUUCCUCAGCUUCUACUGAGUCACAGUUGUCCAUGAGUGACUCUCAAGCACCAGAGACCUUGACUCCUGGGAGACACCAUUCACCACCACCCCCACCAGGGUUGCCUUCCCUCCCAUCUCAUCCUCCUGACCCUGUGGCCCGUCCUCCAUGCACUCCAGAUGCCAGCACAAUGUCCCCUCAGUGUGAGGGGAAAGCGCAGUGGAACUCACAGAGCAUACCUUUGCCAGAUUUGCCUUCUCCCACCCCAACACCCCUAGGCCUUGACCAGUCACACGUGCCAAACUCACCCAUUCCAGGAUCUAAUGACUGUAGCAGGCCUACCUCAACUACCCCAAGCCUAAACAACUCAUGCAGGCCUACCUCAACAAACCCAGGCCUUGAACAACAAAGCUGGUCUAUCUCAACAAACCCAGAUCUUGAAUAUUCUGGAAGGCCUACCAAAACCAAGUCAGACCUUGCCAACUCAAGCAGGCCUACACAAACCACACAAGGCUUUGACCAAACCAGCAGGCCUAUCUCAAGCCCUUCCUGGUUCCAGGUAGCUGCUAAAGCCUGGUGCCACUCCAACUCAUCUUAUGGAGAUUCCAUGCAAGACCAUCUUUCUUUCAGCCAUGAAGAGGCCUCCUUCUGCACAGGCCCCACAUCCAGGCAGAUAGAGGCUGGCGAGCCCUUUUUUAUCAACCCUGAGCUAGAACUUCAGAAUAAAAAGAGAGCCGAGCUCGAAGUUAACAAUGGGAAAGAAAAAUUUGGCCAUACUUUGGGCCCCAUGGAAAGUAUCCUGGAGUCUUGGAUCAGCAGGCAUACCACCUCACAGCCGUUUUGGAGCAGAAACGAAAAAUCAGAGAAGUUUGAAGGUCACCAGCACUCAUUCUGCCAGAAGGCCUUGGGUGAUCAUUUACCCAUGAAAUACAGCCAGCUUUUCUGGGGCCUCCCCUUUCUCCACAGUGAGUCCCUUGUGGCUGCCGUCUAUAUGCCAGAGUCAUUGCAGGAUGUCCCCUCCAUCUUAUUCAAUGUACUAUCUACAUACAUCCCAAUACACAGUCAUUCUAAGGUACCUACACAGAUGUUCUCCCCAGAGCCCUUGCUUCAUCAUUCAGUCAAACCCAAAACUUUGAUUCAGAAGUUAACCUCGCCUCAAGCUCUAGUCCUGCCUGAAAUUCAAACCCAGGCCCGUGACCCAUCCUCCCUCCCAAAGCCACCAAGCCAUUCACCUCUAAUCAUGGAUUAUGGGACUUGUACUACAUCAUCAACGUCUCAAUUUACUGUCCCACCUGCUGUUCAAUACCUAGAGCUCCACCUUUUAAAGAAGCAACAGGAAAGUAGAAGCGAAUUACCAGCCAUGGUGAAAAAGUCCCAGGAAGCAUGUAAUCCACGCACUUCAAACAGUUGGAUGGCCAAGGGUCAUGAGUCUGUGGUCCACCUCCCGGGGGAAUUCAUUAACCCCAAGCUCCGGGAGCAGCUGGAAGAGCAUUUAAAAAGGAGCUUCAUACAACACCAGGGACAAUGGCCUCAAAAGGUCCAGCUAUCUCUGGACCUGAUGAAGUCACAGGACAAACUGGCAAGGAUGAGUGAGGCAAAAGUUAAUCGUGGACCUUCAAGUCCCUCAUCACUGGGAAAUGAAAGCAUCCAGCAUCCCUCAAGUGUUCCAUCAGAGGGUACAGAGAUAUUCCAGUCUUGGAGAGGUCCAGGCAAGGAUGUGACAAAAUGCCUGGGAAGAGCUGAGAGAGAUCAUUACUGGAGACCAGAAGGUCACCGAGGCAAACAGGAGGAAACUUACCACAUGAGAUCCCCAAGAAGAGAUUCACAAACUGUUUCCCCGAUAGAUCCAGGAAAAAGGCAGCUAGAAGAAACACUGAAAAGCUACUCAAGCAGCAAAUGGAGAUGUACCAAAGAAAGUAAGCUGCCCGUGGACAUUUAUCAAGGAGUAAGUGUUGACCAUGCUGUGGUCCCUCAUGACAACUCAAACACAAAUAUGAACACGUGGAAAAAAUCAUCUAUGAUUGAUGUGACCAUCUGCAAUAAAACCUCUGAGGCUUUCUUCCUAGACGCCAACACUCAAAAGGUGCUGGAAACACACCUUACAAGACGCCUGGCAAGGCACAGAUGGGGCCUGCCCCUCAGAGGCCUCAAGACCAUACAUAUGUUCAAUGAGAACAAAGCUACACCUUCACCCUCCAAUUCCUCUUUGUCCUCCUGGCGCUCUAGGGAAAUGUGUACUGACAUAAAGGCCAGUGUCCUGGCAGAACCUUUUCAGAAAGACCCAGAGAAGAAAGUGAUGGAAAACACCAGCACUGUGCAAUCUUCUUCCACACCGAAGCCUCCUCCUGCUCUCCAGGUGCAAUUUCUAAAAGAGCCUCCAUCUUGUAACAACUCUGGACCCUCUGAGGCCACUAAAAAAGUCCUGGAGGAUGACUUGACCUCCGUUUCUACCCAUUAUAGUCUCGUGGGCAGAGCCUGGCACCGUGAUAAAGUCCUUAGACCUUGGACACACAACCUAGAGCCAAUUCCAGGCCCAGUCAAGGGUGGUUAUGAACCACAGAAGAGUAAGGGUGUGACAUUUAGAGAAAUGCACGAAGAGGUAUUAGUUCGGGAGUUCAGUGUGGCAUCCCAGUCAACAAGUAUCAGGGAGACCGGGCAUCUGGAAGAGACAGAAGAGGAAGAAUCCUCUGACUGGGCAUAUAACACAGACACUGGGGAGAUGACAAAGUCUCCAAUCAACAGUGACUCUCUGGACACCAGUGAGAGUCCAUCCCAUUCCAGACCCAUUGCUCAGGGUCCAGAAGACUCUGGCUUGAGAACACCUCACUGCCUGGCCCCUGGUGUUGUCCUGCAGGAUUGUGCCACUGGAACAUUUCUUCAAGACUGUGCUCCUGAGGUUCUGCUUGCUGCAGAUAUAUUGGCCUCGAGGGCCUCUCAGUCCUGCUUCAAGACUAUGCCCCCUCCAAGCAAAUCAACCUCCCAGGACAGGAACCCUUUUUCCUGCAGAGAAAAUCUCACCAAGAUCUCCAAACCUAAGGAACCGUGGACUAGCCAUAUCUUUGGUCCAAAUGACAAAAAGAACUAUGGAAGUCCCCAGCAGAAAGUACAGCUUUCAGGGACAAGGCCAGUCCAAUCAUAUGGGCCAGAUAACCAUGAAAAGAAGGUUGGGGACAAGAUAAAAAAUGCCAUUGUUUCAAUUUGGACAACCAAAGACAAAGGACAGGGGGACUUACUGCAAAAAGUCAAGGCCUUCUCAGGCACCUGCCAAAGCCGAGCGUCAGGCUUGAACAGAUUUUUCAGGGCCCAACAGGUCACUGAAGCUCAAGAACUCAUGACCCCUGCUAAAAGAGUUCUGGCAGGGAAAUUGGGGACUCGCCAUGUUCAUGCUUCCUCACAGAAGAAUGAGCAUCCAAACCCACCCCAUACUCCAGUGAGGAGGCAGGUCUGCUGUGACAGAAUUCCCACUGCACAGCCAAAAACAGCACAGGGUAACACUGGCUGUGUUCAAGCCAACCUCAAGGGACACAGCCCUAACAAAUGGAUGUGCUACACUAACAACCAGACCCAGGUGUCCAGAGCCAGCCAAUAUCAGCACAGGGCACAGACACUUCUUGUUCCAAGUAGACCAAUCCACUGUCCUAGGCACUGCCCCUGUAGGAGUAAAAACUCCGGAAGAGCAAGUGCUUUCCCGUAUCCAAAAAAAAGAACACUCAUGACCAACUUCACUUUGCUAGGAGUGGCCUGGACUGCCCAGUACACAGCAUACACUGCUGCCCUCGGUGUUGAUGACAUCAACCACGUGUACCUGGGUCAUCCCUGGGGAUCUGUUGCUGAUUUUCCUUCUCUUUAG